GGGGCCCCCGCACUCGCUGCUGCCCCGCCGGGUGGGAGGAUGCGCCGCGCCUCGCUGCUGCUCCGCCUUCUGGGCGGCCUCGCUGCGCUUCUGGCCGCCGCCGCCCGGGGUGCAGUUGGCUGUGGAGUCCCAACGAGGUUAAGGUUUGCUGAGCUGAGGAAUGAGUAUAAAAAUCAGAAUAAGUUUUCCGUUGAGGAGACUGCAAAAUACACUUGUCGGCCUGGAUAUAGAAGAGACCCGCAGCUACAACCCGCUAUUACAUGCCUUGAAAAUGGAAGCUGGUCAAAAGCACUCGAGUUCUGUAAAAAGAAAUCGUGUGGUCAUCCAGGAGAGCCGGAGAACGGCAGAGUUAUUGUAACAGAUAUCCAUUUUGGGUCAACCGUCAACUUCACAUGUGAAGACGGGCACCGGUUGAUUGGACAGCCUUACAGACGAUGUGAGAUUUCUGGCAGGCAAGUUGAAUGGACUGGUGCUGUUCCCAUUUGUGAGCGUAUUCCGUGUCUUCCGCCUCCUGACAUCCCCAAUGGAAGGCACACUGGGGUGAUAAUGGAGGACUUCUCUUAUGGCUCAGUUGUAACUUACAAAUGUGACAAUGGUUACCCACUCACUGGAGAGGCCUCUAUUCACUGCACAACCAAGGACGGGCUAAACGGAGAGUGGAGUGCGCGUCCCCCUCGGUGUGGAGAGGUUAGAUGCCCAGCCCCACAAAUCCAGAAUGGAAGAAGAGUAUCUGGUGAUAGACAUGUCUAUUUAUAUAAUGACAGUGUUACCUUUGAGUGCGAUCCCGGCUACACCAUGAAGGGUCACAGUGUGAGUCAGUGCCAAACUGAUGACACGUGGGAUCCACCUCUGCCAGUCUGUGAGCCAGGCAAGUGUCAAAACUCCGAUUUUCAAGCUCUUUUCUAUAAUGGGGUGGGGAUGAGAGUGUUACAAAUGAGUAAAAGAUUCAGAAAAGCAAUCGGCCUGUCCGUAAAUUACCAUUGUGAUCCUGACUACUCCCUUCUUGGGGAGGCAUCACCUCAUUGUACGGCGUCUGGAGCUUGGAGCAACCCCCAUGCUCAAUGUGAAGAGGUUCUCUGCAUUGCCCCAGCAAUCCAGAAUGGAAGAAAAGUAGCUGGACAUGGACCUGUCUACAGACCCAGGGACACUGUUAGGUUUGAAUGUGAUCCUGGCUACACGCUGAACGGCAGCCGUCAGAUUCAGUGCCAAGAUGACGGAAACUGGGAUUCUCCUGUUCCAGCCUGCACACAGGUGUUGCUGUGUCCCCCACCUCCGGUCAUCGUCAAAGGGAAGCACAAUGGCAAGCCAUUGGCAGUUUUCCCCCGUGGAGCAUAUGUGAACUACAGCUGUGACCCCGGCUACGCCCUCCGUGGAGAGGCUUCGAUCUAUUGUACCACAUCUGGAACUUGGAGCCACCCUUCUCCUCUAUGUGAAGAGGGCUGUGGAGUCCCAACGAGGUUAAGCUUUGCUGAGCUGAAGAGCGAGUAUAAAAAUCAGUCUUCCUUUCCUGUUGGGAAGACUAUAAACUAUACUUGCCGGCCUGGAUACAGUAGACACCCGCAUAUGCAAUCCACUGUUACAUGCCUUGAAAAUCGAACGUGGUCAGAAGCAUUCGAGUUCUGUAAAAAGAAAUCGUGUGGUCAUCCAGGAGAGCCGGAGAACGGCAGAGUUAUUGUAACAGAUAUCCAUUUUGGGUCAACCGUCAACUUCACGUGUGAAGAAGGGCACCGGUUGAUUGGACGGCCUUACAGACGAUGUGACAUUUCUGGCAUGCGUGUUGCAUGGAGUGAUGAUGUUCCCAUUUGUGAGCGUAUUCCGUGCCUUCCGCCUCCAGACAUCCCCAAUGGAAGUCACACUGGCAAGUUCACAAAAAACUUCUCUUUUGGGUCAGCUGUAACCUACAAAUGUGAAAAUGGUUACUUGCUCACUGGAGAGGCCUCUAUUCACUGCACAACCAAGGACGGGCUAAACGGCGUGUGGAGUGCACGUCCCCCUCGGUGUGGAGAGGUUAGAUGCCCAGCCCCACAAAUCCAGAAUGGAAGAAGAGUAUCUGGUGAUAGACAUGUCUAUUUAUAUAAUGACAGUGUUACCUUUGAGUGCGAUCCCGGCUACACCAUGAAGGGUCACAGUGUGAGUCAGUGCCAAACUGAUGACACGUGGGAUCCACCUCUGCCAGUCUGUGAGCCAGCCACGUGCGUAAGCCCAGAAGUGGAGAAUGGAAGAACAAAUGGGGUACAGCCUGGACAUGGACCUGUCUACAGACCCAGGGACACUGUUAGGUUUGAAUGUGAUCCUGGCUACACCCUGAACGGCAGCCGUCAGAUUCAGUGCCGAGAUGAAGGAACCUGGGAUCCUCCUGUUCCAGCCUGCACACAGGUGUUGCUGUGUCCCCCACCUCCGGUCAUCGUCAAAGGGAAGCACAAUGGCAAGCCAUUGGCAGUUUUCCCCAGUGGAGCAUAUGUGAACUACAGCUGUGACCCCGGCUACGCCCUCCGUGGAGAGGCUUCGAUCUAUUGUACCACAUCUGGAACUUGGAGCCACCCUUCUCCUCUAUGUGAAGAGGGCUGUGGAGUCCCAACGAGGUUAAGCUUUGCUGAGCUGAAGAGCGAGUAUAAAAAUCAGUCUUCCUUUCCUGUUGGGAAGACUAUAAACUAUACUUGCCGGCCUGGAUACAGUAGACACCCGCAUAUGCAAUCCACUGUUACAUGCCUUGAAAAUCGAACGUGGUCAGAAGCAUUCGAGUUCUGUAAAAAGAAAUCGUGUGGUCAUCCAGGAGAGCCGGAGAACGGCAGAGUUAUUGUAACAGAUAUCCAUUUUGGGUCAACCGUCAACUUCACGUGUGAAGAAGGGCACCGGUUGAUUGGACGGCCUUACAGACGAUGUGACAUUUCUGGCAUGCGUGUUGCAUGGAGUGAUGAUGUUCCCAUUUGUGAGCGUAUUCCGUGCCUUCCGCCUCCAGACAUCCCCAAUGGAAGUCACACUGGCAAGUUCACAAAAAACUUCUCUUUUGGGUCAGCUGUAACCUACAAAUGUGAAAAUGGUUACUUGCUCACUGGAGAGGCCUCUAUUCACUGCACAACCAAGGACGGGCUAAACGGCGUGUGGAGUGCACGUCCCCCUCGGUGUGGAGAGGUUAGAUGCCCAGCCCCACAAAUCCAGAAUGGAAGAAGAGUAUCUGGUGAUAGACAUGUCUAUUUAUAUAAUGACAGUGUUACCUUUGAGUGCGAUCCCGGCUACACCAUGAAGGGUCACAGUCUGAGUCAGUGCCAAACUGAUGACACGUGGGAUCCACCUCUGCCAGUCUGUGAGCCAGCCACGUGCGUAAGCCCAGGAGUGGAGAAUGGAAGAACAAAUGGGGUACAGCCUGGACAUGGACCUGUCUACAGACCCAGGGACACUGUUAGGUUUGAAUGUGAUCCUGGCUACACCCUGAACGGCAGCCGUCAGAUUCAGUGCCGAGAUGAAGGAACCUGGGAUCCUCCUGUUCCAGCCUGCACACAGGUGUUGCUGUGUCCCCCACCUCCGGUCAUCGUCAAAGGGAAGCACAAUGGCAAGCCAUUGGCAGUUUUCCCCAGUGGAGCAUAUGUGAACUACAGCUGUGACCCCGGCUACGCCCUCCGUGGAGAGGCUUCGAUCUAUUGUACCACAUCUGGAACUUGGAGCCACCCUUCUCCUCUAUGUGAAGAGGUUCUCUGCAUCGCCCCAGAAAUCCAGAAUGGAAGAAAAGUAGCUGGACGUGGACCUGUCUACAGACCCAGGGACACGGUUAGGUUUGAAUGUGAUCCUGGCUACACCCUGAACGGCAGCCAUCAGAUUCAGUGCCGAGAUGAAGGAACCUGGGAUCCUCCUGUUCCAGCCUGCACACAGGCAACAUGCGUAAGCCCAGAAGUGGAGCAUGGAAGAACAAAUGGGGUACAGCCUGCCUACAGACCCAGAGACAUGGUUGUGUUUGAAUGUGACCCUGGUUACACCUUGAGUGGCAGCCCUAGGACUCAGUGCCAAGCUGAUGGUAGAUGGGAUCCUCCUGUCCCUGUCUGUGAAAGAUCGGUGCAGUGUGUCUCUCCUCCAGCCAUCGCCAACGGGAAGCCCAGUGGCCAGGCCUUGGCAGUGUUCACCAGUGGAAUGUCUGUAAAUUACAGCUGUGAGCCUGGCUACUCCGUAACUGGGCAGGCAUCUAUUUAUUGUUUGGCAUCCGGAACCUGGAGCUCUCCCCCUCCUCGGUGUGAAGAGGUUCUCUGCAUCGCCCCAGAAAUCCAGAAUGGAAGAAAAGUAGCUGGACGUGGACCUAUCUAUAGACCCAGGGACACGGUUAGGUUUGAAUGUGAUCCUGGCUACACCCUAAACGGCAGCCGUCUGAUUCAGUGCCAAGAUGACGGAAACUGGGAUCCUCCUGUUCCAGCCUGCACACAGGUGUUGCUGUGUCCCCCACCUCCGAUCAUCGUCAAAGGGAAGCACAAUGCGAAGCCUUUGGCAGCUUUCCCCAGUGGAGCAUAUGUGAACUACAGCUGUGAACCUGGCUACGCCCUCCGUGGAGAGGCUUCGAUCUAUUGUACCACAUCUGGAACUUGGAGCCACCCUUCUCCUCUAUGUGAAGAGGGCUGUGGAGUCCCCACGAGGUUAAGCUUUGCUGAGCUGAAGAGCGAGUAUAAAAAUCAGUCUUCCUUUCCUGUUGGGAAGACUAUAAACUAUACUUGCCGGCCUGGAUACAGUAGACACCCGCAUAUGCAAUCCACUGUUACAUGCCUUGAAAAUCGAACGUGGUCAGAAGCACUCAAGUUCUGUAAAAAGAAAUCGUGUGGUCAUCCAGGAGAGCCGGAGAACGGCAGAGUUAUUGUAACAGAUAUCCAUUUUGGGUCAACCGUCAACUUCACAUGUGAAGAAGGGCACCGGUUGAUUGGACAGCCUUACAGACGAUGUGAGAUUUCUGGCAUGCAUGUUGCAUGGAGUGGUGGUGAUCCCAUUUGUGAGCAGGUUAGAUGCCCAGCCCCACAAAUCCAGAAUGGAAGAAGAGUAUCUGGUGAUAGACAUGUCUAUUUAUAUAAUGACAGUGUUACCUUUGAGUGCGAUCCUGGCUACACCAUGAAGGGUCACAGUCUGAGUCAGUGCCAAACUGAUGACACGUGGGAUCCACCUCUGCCAGUCUGUGAGCCAGCAACAUGCGUAAGCCCAGAAGUGGAGCAUGGAAGAACAAAUGGGGUACAGCGUGCCUACAGACCCAGCGACAUGGUUGUGUUCGAAUGCGACCCUGGUUACACCAUGAGCGGCAGCCCUGAGACUCAGUGCCAAGCUGAUGGUAGAUGGGAUCCUCCUGUCCCUGUCUGUGAAAGAUUGCUGCAGUGUUCCUUUCCUCCAGCCAUCACCAAUGGGAAGCCCAGCGUCCAGGCCUUGGCAGUGUUCACCACUGGAACGUCUGUAAAUUACAGCUGUGAGCCCGGCUAUUCUCUUAAUGGGCAGGCAUCAAUUUAUUGUGCGGCAUCUGGAACAUGGAGCCCUCCCCCUCCUCAGUGUGAAGAGAUUCUCUGCAUCGCCCCAGAAAUCCAGAAUGGAAGAAAAGUAGCUGGACAUGGACCUGUCUACAGACCCAGGGACACGGUUAGGUUUGAAUGUGAUCCUGGCUACACCCUGAAUGCCAGCCAUCAGAUUCAGUGCCGAGAUGACGGAACGUGGGAUCCUCCUGUUCCAGCCUGCACACAGGUGUUGCUGUGUCCCCCACCUCCGGUCAUCGUCAAAGGGAAGCACAAUGGCAAGCCAUUGGCAGCUUUCCCCAGUGGAGCAUAUGUGAACUACAGCUGUGACCCCGGCUACGCCCUCCGUGGAGAGGCUUCUAUCUAUUGUACCACAUCUGGAACUUGGAGCCACCCUUCUCCUCUAUGUGAAGGUUCCUAUAACUUCAUCUCAGUAGUCCUCGGGAUCGCAGGUGGGGCACUGCUGCUUCUCCUGGUUACCAUCAUUAUCUCGAGGAUUAUGUCUAAGCAGAAUGCAGGCUAUUACUAUACACAUGAAAACUGCAAGUACCGGAUGCCUUUGGCCCACAUAACUGAACAAAAAAAUUCAUUUGCACCAUAGCAGGCAGGAAACCACUUCUCCUCAUGGUGUGCAUUUUGCGUGGAGAACAUGGAAGCAUUUCCUUCACCUUCUUUGUGGGUAAUUUACAUUCUUGCAAUGAAGUUCUCUAGGGGAAAAUGCAAAGCCAUAGCAUAUAGUUGACGACGUUAUGCAGCUGCUUCCAUUAGAUCCUUAUAGCAGCAGUUUAGUUCAUGAAGUUCAACUUUACACAGCACCAGACUGUAGCUUUUAGGCUGCCCUCCUGCUGUUUGUCCAUGAAAACGUCUUGCAUGCAGACUUCUGAGAUGAACAACCACCCUGCAGCAUCAAGGAUGCUCACUCCUCAGAUUAUGCUCUGGCCUUCUUUCCCUUUAAUGGAACUUCUUGUUUCUGACCAGUUGACUAAGCAAUCUGUCACCAGGAAGAGGAGAUGACGCAAGUGCUGCUGAGCCUGCCUUGAUAAAAAAUUGCAAGCACAAAACCCUGAACUUCCUCCUGAGCAUGCUUCAUUAACUGCCACAGCUGUCUUCUUGAAAAGUUUCGGAAGGCUGUGUGUGAAAGGAACCUUAAUUUUGAGGAGUUGCUGGAUUUUAUAAAAGGGCUUCAUGACUGCCAACCCUGUAUCUCUUUCCUUUUACUUGCUCUUCAAAGACACAGCACUUAAUGUUCUUCACCUUAUAGUAGAGAUACAAUCAACUUCUUUUACAACCCCUUGUAAUUUUUAACCCCUCUAAAAAUAAGACUCAGAUGAAAUUUUGCCUUCAAUAUUUAAUUUUUUCUUCUUGGAUCACUUACUUUAAAAUGACUUCAUGGGUGUGAAACUACAGAUUAAACUUUUUAAAUACUGCUUUUAAAUCAAAAGCUGUGUAUAAAAUGUCUGCAAUUUAUAAUGUUGUGCUCUAAAAGAGAAAAUAUUUGUUUAGAAGGGAGAUUGAUUUUAAAAAUGUGUUGCUGUAAAUUCACCAAUCUUGGUAAUUUUGUGAUGCAGAUCCUGAUGAUGCCUCCAUCUUCGGAGACCUUGCCAUAUUUUUGGGCAGAGGUUCCUACCCUGAAUUUCUAAUCUGAACUACAAUUAAAAGAACCUGCACACGAAGAAGUAAAUGCCUCCCUUAAACCCGGUAAAGGGACUGAUCUUGCAUCCCUGUAAAAUCCCUCAAUUAUACAUUAAUUGGAGGCAUUUGUGAACGCCAGCUGCAGUACAAAGAAGGUGUGACUCAUUGUGUCCUUGAUCCAGGGAUUAAGAAUGGGCAGUUUCACAAACCAGGCCUCUUGUGCUACCAGGGGAAGACUUGUAACAAUGAUAGUGGGGUCGUCAGAUAGUGGGAAGUAGCCUAAUAGCUUUUUGACCUGGGGAAAACGGACUAGCAUAACUAUAGCAGAAUGACUGUUCUAGAACACUUGUAUUCCAGUAUAACUCCCCCUCACUGUGUCCUGGAAUAAAAGUGACUUUUUUCUAGAAUAAUUGUUUAUUUCAAACUAGUUACUUUGAAAGUAAGAAUAUUCUUCCACAAUGAGUGUCCACAAGGGAAUUACACCAAAAGCUAUUCUGCUACAGCUGUGCCAAUCAAUUUCCCUCACAAAGGCAAGCCUUAAGUGACAUCUUUUUAGGAUUCAAAAAUGAACCCCAAAAACUGUCAGUUGAAACCAAAGACAGUAGAUUUAAGUCUAAAUUCUGGUCCCAGAGGAGUAACUGGCAAAACUCCCCUUGAUUUCACUGGGCUCAAGCUUUGGCAUUCAGUGUGUAGCCCUUUCUUGCUAUGCUUAAUGCAGGCUACUGCAGGGUCUCCAAUGAACGUGCACUGUUUUAUACAAGCAACAAUUAGGGACUCUAAAGGACAUCAUACAUUUUCCAAGCAUCUGGAUUCCCUUCAGAAUUUCCUCUUCCUGGGGUGUUUACACAGUACCCUAGGUUUGUGAGAUGCUUUUGGCAUGUUAAAGAGGUCUCUACACUGAAGAGCUUCCAGACUAAGACAUGCUGCAUAGAAAUGUCAUCAGGCCAGGGGUGAGUAUCUCUAGACAAAAGAGCCUUUUACCCUUUAAGCCUUGGGCUACUUAUUUUUGCUUUGACUAUGGGCUCCCUAUUUUUCUUCAAUAUCUUGUAUCAGCAUAAGCUGGAGUGUGGGUCAGCAUUGGUGAAAAGUAUCAUUGUAAAUGCAGAGUGGUUUGAAGAGAUCAGACAACCAUGCAGUGACAUACAUUUAGGUUCAAUUGUGGAGAAAACAGCUACGGGGACAGGCCUGUUCUGUACACACAUUAAUCUGUUUUUUGUUUUUUUUUUUAAUCUGGCUUCACACCUUUGCACUGUUAACUGGGAAGGCAAUUCAGCUGAGCUUCUCUGACAAGCAUUCUACUAUAUACACUUUAAUAUGCAACUUUGUGGCAUUAGCUUUUAA